UGUCAAAUUAAUUGAAGAAGAAAAAACCAAAGAAAUUAUAUUUUUAUCAAAUUCGAAAUCGAUUGCAAUUAUUAAAUUGAGAUUUUUAUUUGUGAUGUGGAGCACCGUAGAAUUAUUUUUUAAUGGUGCUUUGUUGUGGAUUAUCUUCGAGGUUUCUUGCAUUUUAUUGGUGAAUGCAUUUUAUUUUUCUGUACCUUGGUUCGUUUGGGGUGCUUUAAUUGUGACAGUGAUAUUAUGGUUUUUAAAACUUCCACAACCCGACUCGACUAUUGUGAAAGAGAUAUUUGGAGAUGAUCUUUUAAAUCUAAAGAGGAUUAAUAAUUCUUGCAAUGACAUUCAGGAUAAUAAGAAGCAAUAUUGCAUGCGUGUUGUCGCUCAUCGUGGUGGAGGCUACGAUUAUCCAGAAAACAGCUUAGCGGCUUUUCGUAAUUGCAAGGAAAAGGGCUGCAAUGUGGUGGAAUUUGAUGUAGCCCUUACAAAAGAUAACAUUCCAAUAAUAUUCCAUGAUGUAACAAUUGAAAGACUAACAGGCCACGUAGGAAUGGUUAAAGAAAUGACAUGGAGUGAACUUAAAGAAUUAGAUAUAACGUACAAUCAUCCUCUUAGAAAUAAAUUUCUGAGUGGUGCAAAAAUCGCCUUAUUUGAUGAGGCGAUUAAAGAAUGUUUGGAAAAUGGUCAACGUAUGUUCAUUGAUAUCAAGGAAAAAGAUCUGGCAAUCGUGCAAAUAAUUGUUAAUGCUUUUAAUAGUAAUCCGGAGUUAUUUCGAAAAGCAGUGGUGUCGAGUUUUAAUCCUCUAGUUAUUUACAUGAUAAGAAAGAAGGAGCCAAGAAUUAUAUCAAGCCUGGCUUGGAGGCCUCGAAUUUUCUCAACAACGAAUUACACUGGUUUGGAUGGACCCACCAUUGGACGCUUUCGUAGUCCAUUUAAAAAUCUCUUUGCCACAUUUGUCGACAUCCUUCAUGACUGGGCCUUACAUCGUUUCACUUAUUACAUUUUGGGCAUUUCCGCAAUAUUAUUGCACAAAGACGUUGUCAAUCCUGACGUUGUACGUUGGUGGCACAAAAGGGGAAUACGUGUAAUUAUAUGGAUUGUAAAUCUGCCAUCCGAAAAAGCGCACUUUUCAAGAGUUCUCAAAGUACCAUAUCUAACGGACACUUUACUAUCUGAAGAGAUACUUUAAUUAAAGUAAUUUUUAUUUUCCUUUUUUCAUACCAAAAUGAUUUGACGUUAUACUUUAAAGUAUAUAAGAAAUUCGACAUUUUUUUUUAAUAUUGCAAUCAUUAAAUAAAUUAAAUAUCUUUUCAUACGCAUUGCCUAAAGAAUUUUUAGUUUUUAAACAUCAACUUAUAAAAUCUACGAUUGAAAAUAAUAGAUAAUAAACUCUGUAUAUACAAUAUACAUAUUAUAUAUUUUAUAUAAAUUGA